AGCACAUCCUUGGGGACCCCAUGGUUCCCAACAUGGUCAGUGCAUCUUUUGGGACCCCUAUGGUCUCCAACCCAGCCAGCACAUCCUUUGGGACCCCCUCAGCCCCCAACCCAUCCAGUACUUGCUUUGGGAUGCCCUCAGUCCCCAACCCAGCCAGCACAUCCUCUGCCAGUCCCUUGGUCUCCACUCCAGCCAGCACAUCCUUUGGGAUCCCCACAGUCCCCAACAUGACCAACUCAUCUUUUGGCUACUCAUUAGCACCCAGCCUGACCAACACAUUAUUUGGGGCUCCCUUGGUCUCUAACACCAGCAACAAGUCUUUUGGGACUCCCUUGAUCCCCUACCCUUCCAGCACAUCCUUUGGGACUUCCUUGGUCUCCAGUCCAUACAGCACAUCUUUUGGAACCUCUUCGGUCCCCAAUCCAUCCAGCACAUCCUUUGGGACCCCCUUGGCCCCAAAUCCAUCCAGUGCAUCCUUUGGGACCCCCUUGGCCCCAAAUCCAUCCAGCACAUCAUUUGGGACCCCCUUGGCCCCAAAUCCAUCCAGCACAUCCUUGGGGAUCCCCUUUGCUCCAAAUCCAUCCAGCACAUCCUUUGGGCCCCCCUUGGCUCCAAAUCCAUCCAGCACAUCCUUUGGGAUCCCCUUUGCUCCACAUCCAUCCAGCACAUCCUUUGGGCCCCCCUUGGCCCCAAAUCCAUCCAGCACAACCUUUGGGAGCCCCUUGGCCCCAAAUCCAUCCAGUGCAUCCUUUGGGAGCCCCUUGGCCCCAAAUCCAUCCAGCACAACCUUUGGGACCCCCUUGGCUCCAAAUCCAUCCAGCACAUCCUUUGGGAGCCCCUUGGCCCCAAAUCCAUCCAGCACAUCCUUUGGGACCCCCUUGGCCCCAUAUCCAUCCAGUGCAUCCUUUGGGACCCCCUUGGCCCCAAAUCCAUCCAGCACAUCCUUUGGGAGCCCCUUGGCCCCAUAUCCAUCCAGUGCAUCCUUUGGGACCCCCUUGGCCCCAAAUCCAUCCAGUGCAUCCUUUGGGACCCCCUUGGCCCCAAAUCCAUCCAGCACAUCCUUUGGGACUCCCUUGAUCCCCAUUGCAUCCAGUGCAUCCUUUGAAACUCCCUUUAUCCCUCACCCAGCCAAUGCAUCCUUUGGAACCCCUUUGGCUCCCAAUCAAUCCAGUGCAUCCUUUGGAACCCCUCUGGCCCCUAAUCAACCUAAUGUAUCCUUUGGGACCCCCUCAAUCCCCUACCCAGCCAGUGCAUCCUUUGGGACCCCCCUAGUCCCUUAUCCAUCCAGCUCAUCAUUUGGGAUCCCCAUGCCCCCCAACCCAACCAUCACAUCCUUUGGGACCCCCCUGGUCACCAACCCAGUCCCUGCUUCCCUGGGGCAUCCAUCAGCCUCCAACGUGGCCAGCUCAUCCUUUGGAUCCCCUUUGGCCCCCAACCUGGCCAGUCUUCCACUGGGGACCGGAGUGUGUCCCCCAGCCAGCAGGGAACCACCCUGGAGCAAACCCAGCCCUGACUCCCCCCUGUCCCGGCCCGCUGAGGGUCUGGUUCCGCUGCCCCCAGCCCAGCCCAGCCUCGCCCGGAGGACGCUCCCCAUUUCCUAAGGAGGACUGAUGGUGCCUCAC